AUGCGACGCGCCAAGAUCGCCGACGCACAGACACAACGGCGCGACUACCGUCUGCGUCGCCACCGCUUUGCGUUAGCCAUCAGCAUCUUAUCGCUCUUCAACGCCUCGUCGAUGCCACUGGCCGCGUACCUCUCCGAGUACCUGCCGUGGCGGGGCUUCUUCAGUACGCCAGAGACGUAUGCCAACUACACCGAGUUCAACACUGUCUACUUGGCCACAAACCAGCGACGCUACUCCAACGCAACACUGCCGACGGGAGUGAUCUACGUCGCGGAUGCGGCCAAGAACACCCAAGUGACCCGCACACUCCUGCGUUUGCACCAGCCGCCAAUGGACACGAACGCUUGUCUCUCCAAGUUACUUCUCGGACUACCAGGACUCAUGUACUAUUCCGAGCCGCAAGUCGAGUUGCUGUGCAGCACCUUCACAAGCAAUGCAACGAGCGACGCCCGAGGUUCGUGCUAUGCUUCGCACCUGUGCUCCUUUAUGUUUGGCCGUUCGUGUCUCUGGCUCGUGCCUGGUGAUGCCAUCUCUUCUCCAUAUGCGAACAUGGAGAAGGAUGCGACCUUGACCACGCUGUACUUUGUAAGCGAAGCGAUUCGUGAUCCCGAGAUCGUCUGGUACAUGUUUAUCUAUCGCAUUGGGACGACGCUCUUUGUCUGGUCGCGGCUCUGGUCUCGCUACUAUCGCCAUUGCGCGCAGCUCGAAUCUCUCGUACGCCGAUGUGGCCACCGCGUGGUCAUGCCAUCGGGCACCUGGACGUAUGAGCUCGUGUAUGAAAUGCAAGUCCAGGAUAGCACCAACCCCAUGUCUCUGCUGCUUGGUAUGAUGUAUCUGGCGCGCUCGGUCUGGUUUGCGUACUGGGGCCUCUGCCUCGUCUCGCUCGGGCUCAAAGCUCUUCGAAAAGAGCACCGCUUUUCCGAAGUCGACCCGGCUCUGAUUGCGAUUGCGGUGGCCCUCUAUGGCCCCAUCAUGGCCUAUAUGAACGGGCAUGUCUUGAUCUUUGUGCGGGUUUCCCAGUGGCUCUUCUACUGCCUCACACCACACGAGCGUCAACGACAAGAAGCCGCCUUGAUGUGCAUCUUCAUUACGCUGCUGACGCUCAGUGCGCCUCUGAUCUAUGGCGUCGUAGCAGGAUGCACGCACUGUCGUCAGCGCCGUGACGUCGACUACAGCGCAAGUGCGUUCAACAACUUGAAGAGCGCUUUCGUUUUGCGCUUUGCAUCAGUGCUGCGCCGUGUCCCGCAGCUGCCACCGCGCGGCGGGUUCAUCUACCACCUCCUGGAGACCGCGCCGCAGCUCAAGCGGUGUCCGACCAUUAGCUUGCGCGGCACCGACUGCUUCUUGGUCUGCUACCUCAAUGGCAAGCUCCACGAGCGCUUGCGGCUGAGUCUUCUCACCAACGUCGACGUCGCGAAGCUGCCGCGCUCGAACGAAGCCACCGACUUCGUCGUCCACGAGCUGCAUCCAGCAACGUCCAAGAAUAUUGCCAUCGGUCCGAGCUUGGACAGCAGCUUUGAGCUCCGCACGCCACCCGAGCCAACUCUGUGGUGCAUCUAAAUGCAUGUUGUACCUUCUUUGGUUGUACAGUAAUGGCUAUGGCGAU